AAAGUGAUAAGUGGACCCUUAAUUGAACACAUUAUUUGCUCUUGAUAUUACAGUAUCGCCCAUUCUCCAACUUGUAUACAACCUCCUCUUUUUUUCAAUCAAAACUAACUAAAGAUGGCUGAUGCCUUUGUGUCAUUUGCAGUUCAAAAAUUGGGUGAUUUCCUAAUACAGGAAAUUAACCUACGUUUAAGUCUAAGAGAAGAUAUACAAUGGCUGCGAAACGAGCUUCUCUUCAUGCAGUCUUUCCUCAGAGAUGCAGAACUAAAGCAAUCCGGAGAUCAAAGAGUUCAACAAUGGGUGUUUGAGAUCAACUCUACUGCUAAUGAUGCUGUUGCUAUACUCGAAACUUACACCUUCGAGGCUGGUAAACGUGCUACUCAUCUCAAGGGUUGCACUUGCAUAUGUAGGAAGGGGAAGAAAUUCUACAAUGUCGCCAAGGAGAUCCAAUCACUCAAGCAAAGAAUCAUGGAUAUCUCUCGCAAACGAGAGACUUAUGGAGAUCAAGGGAAGAGUAAUCAGGUUACAACAUUGAGGAGAACUACCUCAUAUGUCGAUGACCACGAUUACAUUUUUGUUGGACUUCAGGAUGUUGUACAAACAUUGCUAGAUCAACUUCUCAAAGCAGAGCCUCGUCGAACCGUCCUCUCCAUUUAUGGAAUGGGGGGUUUAGGCAAGACCACUCUUGCCAGAAAACUUUACAACUGUCCUAAUAUAACCUCUAGUUUCCCUACACGCGCUUGGAUAUGUGUUUCUCAAGAGUACAACACAAUGGAUCUUCUUAGGAAUAUCAUAAAAUCCAUCCAAGGUCGCACUAAGGAAACUCUAGAUUUGUUGGAAAGGAUGACAGAAGGAGAUCUUGAAAUUUACAUUCGUGAUCUACUGAAAGAACGCAAAUACCUUGUGGUGGUUGAUGAUGUAUGGGAGAGAGAAGCAUGGGAGAGUUUGAAAAGAGCAUUCCCGGAUAGCAAGAAUGGCAGCAGAGUCAUUAUUACCACGCGCAAAGAGGAUGUUGCUGAAAGGGCAGACAAUAGAGGUUUUGUUCAUAAACUUCGUUUUCUAAGUCAAGAAGAAAGUUGGGAUCUCUUUCGUAGGAAACUACUUGAUGUUCGAGCAAUGGUUCCAGAAAUGGAAAGUCUAGCUAAGGAUAUGGUGGAAAAGUGUAGGGGCUUACCGCUUGCAAUUGUUGUAUUGAGCGGACUACUUUCACAUAAAAAGGGGCUAAACGAAUGGCAAAAGGUGAAAGAUCACCUUUGGAAGAACAUUAAAGAAGAUAACUCUAUUGAAAUCUCUAAUAUACUAUCCUUAAGCUACAAUGAUUUGUCAACUGCGCUUAAGCAGUGUUUUCUAUACUUUGGUACUUUUCCAGAAGAUCGAGUGGUCGGGGUUGAUAACAUAAUACGAUUGUGGAUGGCGGAGGGUUUCAUACCAAGAGGAGAAGAAAGAAUGGAGGAUGUCGCUGAAGGCUUCUUGAAUGAACUGAUAAGACGAAGCUUGGUUCAAGUGGCUAGAACAUUUUGGGAAAGAGUUACUGAUUGUAGGCUUCAUGAUUUACUACAUGAUCUUGCGAUACAAAAGGCAUCGGAGGUAAACUUCUUUGACAUUUAUGAUCCAAGAAGCCACUCUAUAUCCUCUUUAUGUAUCAGACAUGUGAUAUAUAGUCGAGGAGAAAAGUACCUCUCACUUGAUCUUUCUAACUUAAAGUUGAGGUCAAUUAUGUUCUUCGAUCCAGAUUUUUGUAAGAUGAGUCUUAUAAACUUGAGUGUGUUCCAACAUCUAUAUGUGUUGUACUUGGAUAUGCGUUUUGACAAUAUGUCUAUAGUACCUGAUGCCAUAGGAAGUUUGUGCCACCUCAAGUUCUUAAGAUUGAGAGGUAUUGAUGAUCUUCCGUCUUCCAUUGGCAACCUCAAGAAUCUACAGACACUUGUUGUCAAUGAGGGGGGAUACCCUUGCAAACUACCCCGCGAGACAGCUGACCUGAUAAAUCUAAGACAUUUAGUUGCUCGGUAUACAAAACCUCUGGUACAUAUAAGCAAACUCACUAGUCUUCAAGUUGUUGAUAGCAUCCAUUGUGAUCAAUGGAAAGAUGUUGACCCUGUUGAUUUAGUCAACCUUCGAGAAUUAAGCAUGGAGUAUAUUAGCAAAUCUUACUCCCUAAACAACAUUAGCAGCUUGAAAAACCUUAGCACUCUCAGAUUGUUUUGUAGACAGGGUCAAUCAUUCCCAUCCCUUGAAUUUGUUAGUUGUUGUGAAAAGCUCCAAAAAUUAUGGCUAAGAGGGAUAAUAGAGAAACUGCCUAAUCUGUUUUCAAAUUCCAUCACAAAGUUGGUUCUUUGGGAUUCGUUACUGACAAAAGAUCCGAUGCCUAUCUUGGGAAUGUUGUCAAACCUAAAAAAUCUCAUAUUAGAAUGUGCUUAUAAAGGAAAAGAAAUAAUAUGCAGUGAUAACAGCUUCAGUCAACUCGAAUUCCUUCAUCUUGGUGAUCUUUCAAAGCUAGAAAGAUGGGAUUUAGGCACAAAUGCGAUGCCUCUGAUUAAAGGUCUUGGAAUCCAUAACUGUCCAAAUUUAAAGGAGAUACCUGAGAGAAUGAAAGACGUGGAGGUGUUGAAGCAGGAUCAUAUAGGAUGAAGCUUUUAAUAUGAUUUUCAAAUAUUUUAAGUUGUUAAUUAUUGUAAUUUGUACUACUUUUUACGUAAUUUUAAAAUAAUAUAUGUUAUUUUCCUUGUCCUAAUAUAUGUAGCACAAAUCUACUACUUAACUAUAAGUGUAGAUAACCA